AUGGCCUCCCGCUGCCAGUACGCGGUGACCCCCUCCACCCUGCUCACCCACCUGCGCACCCGCCAUGGCUCCCACCCGACCGCCGCGAGGCCGCCCUGGCCAGGAUGCUCCAGCGGCCCUGUGGACCCGACACGGGUGCCCGGCCUGCCUGUCUACCAGGGCCAUGGCUGCCCGCACUGCCCCUAUAUCGCCCGGACCCUGGACUCCAUCGACACGCACCGCCGCGCGAAGCACAGGGAGCAGGAUACCCUCGCGUGGCUACAUCAAUUUGACCUUGCUACAAUUGACCGUACAAAGCAAGACGAGAAGCGAUAUCUAAUAUUUGACGGCCACGGCGCGCACCUUACGCUUGAAUUUCUACAAUAUUGCGAGGAUAAUAAGAUUAUUUCUUUUGGUUUCUUGCCUCAUACAACACAUCUAUGUCAACCUCUUGAUGGCAAGCCCUUUCUUGCUUAUAAGCAGCAAUUCCGGCUCGCGAAUAAUGAAUUAUCCUUCUGGGGUGGUCAGCCAUAUGAGAAGGCAGAGUUCUUACAGAUUAUUCAACCAAUUCGCGAGAAGGCCUUUACACAGCGAAUCAUUCGAGAAUCCUUUAAAGAUCGUGGGAUCUGGCCAGUUAAUGGAGAACUAAUUGUCAAGCAGCUUGCCAAUGAAGCAGAACUCCCAGAUAUAGCUAUCCCAGAAGGCCUCCGUGAUACUACACCACCCCAAUUACUAUCCUCCAGUGUUGAAAACAGUCCUCCAGCAACAAUUGAAGCACUUGCAAGGAAUCAGGCAAAGAUUAUGCGCGAUCUAGACCUCCUUUCAGAGAAGGCGAAGCGAAAUUUAACGAAGGUCUUUCACCACCAAAUGACGAAGCUGGAGGAGCUACAGAUGACCCAGCAAGCAAUCUAUAGAAUUACGGCCGUGCAAGAGCCAAAACGCCGGAACAAUACAAAGCGACAGAUUAAGGGUCUUAGUAGCAACGGGAUACUAAGGGUUCAAGAUGCUAUUCGGUCAAUUAAGGUCAGGAAGGAGAAGGAUCUUGCGCGCGAGCAGAAGAGGUUAUCUAAGCAGUUCAAAAAGGUCUAUGGAUGGGAGCCCACCCCGCGCUCGGAGGAGUCAAUUCAGCAAGAAAUUGAAAACGCAAGACGUGCAGAAGAGGCAGGAGAAGACUUUUAUAUUGAUAAAUAGAUGUUGUGGUUGUUUAAUAGCUUCAAAUAUUAGAAAUCGACGAGGAAUAUGUGGCGACGAAGAAUACGUGGCGC